GUAUAUUUGCAACAUGUUUGUAUAUUUGGAAAGGGUGAGAAGAUUUACAAAUGUGGGACAUCACAGAAACGAGCACGACCAAACGCUUUGAUUUUCAACCUGAAAAGAGUGGGAAGAUUCACAAGAAUGGGACACUACAGAGAUGAGCACGACUGUGACACUUUGAUUUUGAACCUGGAAAGGGUGAGAUGA